GUCAUCACUUCAGUCUAAAGGUUUGUGGAAGAAAUAAACUCUACAUGAAAACUGAAUGUAAUUAAGUCCUAAAUUCAGGACCCUGAUGAAUGAUACACAGGGAGAAGUAGAAGAUGGUGAAUUUCACAGAGAAUGUGACUGAGAAAUGCAACAUUAAUCACGAAAUCCACGAGACAUUAUCCCCUGUGGUGUACAUAUUUGUGUUCAUAUUAGGCUUGCCAGCUAACUGCCUGUCCCUGUACUAUGGCUAUUUACAGAUCAAGGCUAAAAAUGAAUUAGGUGUCUACCUUUGCAAUUUGACUAUAGCAGACCUGCUGUACAUAUUUUCUUUGCCUUUUUGGCUUCAGUAUGCUUUACAGCAUGACAACUGGACCUACGAUGAGCUGCUGUGCAAGGUGUGUGGCAUCAUCCUGUACGAGAACAUCUACAUCAGCGUGGGCUUCCUGUGCUGCAUCUCCAUCGACCGCUACCUGGCCGUGGUGCACCCCUUCCGCUUCCAGCGCUUCCGCACCAUGAGGGCCGCUGCCAUCGUCAGCAGCGUCAUCUGGGCCAAAGAAAUCAUCACGUGCAGCUUUGUCUUCACACACGGGGAGAUCAGCAUGGAUGCUGAGAGCCACCUGGUGUGCUUUGAGCAUUACCCCAUCAAGAGAUGGGAGCACAAUGUCAAUUACUACCGCUUCUCUGCUGGCUUCCUUUUCCCCUUGUUUCUGCUGGCCUUCUCCUACUGUGGGAUUCUACGAGUUGUCCACAAGAGUCCUGGCACCCAAAAGAAGAAGAAAAUCCAAAUUAAAAGACUGGUAUCAAGCACUGUUUUCAUAUUUUUAGUCUGCUUUGGACCAUACCACAUCCUACUUGUAAUUCGUAGCUUGUUGGAGAACAGCUGCUCAUUUGCUGAGAAAAUAUUCAAUGUUUACCAUAUUUCUCUCCUGUUAACCACUUUUAACUGUGUUGCUGACCCAGUAUUGUACUGUUUUUCCAGUGAAAGCACUUACCAGAACUUUGUCAAGAUGAGAGACUCUUGCCUAACAUGUUUAGGCCAUCUGAGUACUGAGAAAAAGGAAUCCUAUCCACUAAACACUACUGAAACUCCCAACAGAAAACAGCAUGAACAACAACCAGGGUUAUUACAAAUACCACUCGAUGAUGCUGGAAUGAAGGACUGCUUCACAACUAAUGCAGACAGCCUAUAG